AUGCAGGUUUCAAACACUUCUCAGGCUCCUGUGCAACAUGGAACUCCCAGCGCCUUUGAUGGUCCACAGUGGCCUCACCUGGCUCCCAGAAGCAUCUACACAUCGGUGGCUGUGCUCAUGGGCAUUGUAGUGUUUUCUGCCUCGUUUGUGAAUGGUUUGGUCAUUGUGGUUUCCAUCAGGUACAAGAAACUCAGAUCCCCACUGAACUACAUCCUGGUGAAUCUGGCUGUGGCUGAUCUGCUGGUGACUUUCUUUGGAAGCACUAUCAGUUUCUCAAAUAAUAUCAAUGGCUUCUUUGUGCUCGGCAAAAGGGUGUGCAAAUUUGAAGGCUUCAUGGUCUCUUUAACAGGCAUUGUGGGGCUUUGGUCCUUGGCAAUCCUGGCCUUUGAAAGGUACAUCGUCAUCUGCAAACCCAUGGGAGAUUUCCGAUUUCACCGCAAACAUGCAGUGAUGGGCUGUGCAUUCACCUGGAUUUGGUCACUUCUCUGGACAACCCCACCAAUGUUGGGCUGGAGCAGCUAUGUGCCAGAAGGUCUGAGAACCUCCUGUGGUCCCAACUGGUACACCGGAGGCAGCAACAACAACAGCUACAUCUUGACUUUAUUCAUUACCUGUUUCAUUAUUCCUCUCAGUCUGAUCCUCUUCUCCUACACAAAUCUGCUGAUGACACUACGAACUGUUGCAGCACAACAAAAAGAAUCUGAGACGACUCAGCGAGCGGAGAGGGAGGUGACACGAAUGGUGAUUGCUAUGGUGAUAGCCUUUCUUAUCUGCUGGCUGCCCUAUUCCACCUUUGCCAUGGUGGUUGCCACAAACAACGACAUCCCCAUCCAACCAACUCUAGCAUCACUGCCUUCAUACUUCUCCAAAACAGCCACAGUUUACAACCCGAUUAUCUACAUCUUCAUGAACAAACAGUUCCGGGACUGCCUGCUGAAAAUGAUGUACUGCAAUCGUAACGCAUCAGGGAUGCAGGAAACCUCUCCUGCUACGCUUGGUGCCCCCAAAGGCAUCUCAUCAGCCUUGGAGGGAUGCAGAAAUAAGGUGACCCCAUCGUAAACAGUGCAGAUGCUUCACCUCCUGCAAGGAGGAAUGGCAGCUGCCGGCUCCACACAUUCGUCUCCGUUUCAUUUGGCACAGACAGAAAGAGGAGCAAAGAGGCUGGUUAUUUUCUAACAGCCUAAAUAUACACCAGAAAGUAAUAAAAGAUUUCUUCUUAGAGCUCCCAACAAUAUUCACUGUACCCUGCCCAGUCACUGCAAACUUAGAUAAAAGGUAAAACACAUUCCCUUCAAUGGCAGGAAAGCAACCAUAUUAGAGAGUAAACAUCAGAGAGAACAGUCCUCAUUCCUAGAGCCUUACCCCCGGGGGAAGUGCUAAAGCAUGAUAAUGGGGGACCUUUUACUAGGCUAAGGAAUAAAUAAACUACCAGCAUUACAGCCCAAAAGAGCACUUCUUCAGUAGUAAUCCCAUUAGGAAAAGCAUAAGGUUCAUUUCGUUUAAAUAGAUAUUUCACUGAAAAGAGCAGAACAGGAGAGAGCCCUGCACAUUUUCAAUACACAUUACUGUAUAGACCAGGGGUCAGCAACCGACGGCACGCGAGCCGAUUUUUAAUGGCACGCUGCUACCUGCCGCCUGCUGGGGUCCCAG